CGUAAAUCAGUUCUCUCAUUGGAAACGUACAGACCCAUAGUUCAAUCUUUCGCUCGCCAAUUCGUCCUUUCUUCGCCUCGUACGAUCGAUCGCCUUCCGUCUCCGUCCAGUUCGCCUAUCGCCCGUUAGCUCGUUGCUAGUCGGAGCUCAGAUCUGCCGCCCCUGACCGCCGGGCGAAGCCGCCAGUCACUUGCCAACUGCAACUUCAGUAUGUACAACAAUGUCGGAACCCAGCCUGGCGUGCCUGGAAUGCCAAUUGGUCAAAUACCUCCAGGAAAUGUUCAAGCUAAUCCAUUCGGUAAUGCAUUUUAUGGAGCUGGUUCUGGCCUGAUAAGAGGUGGUCUUGGUGCUUAUGGAGAGAAAAUAUUUGGAUCAAGCUCUGAAUAUGUCCAAAGCAAUAUUACUCGGUACUUCUCUGAUCCUCAAUACUAUUUUCAAGUGAAUGACCAGUAUGUGAGGAACAAAUUGAAAGUUGUUCUAUUCCCAUUCUUGCACAGAGGACACUGGACGCGGAUAACUGAGCCAGUUGGAGGCCGCUUAUCGUACAAACCUCCUCUUUAUGAUAUAAAUGCACCUGAUUUGUACAUUCCCUUCAUGGCUUUUGGCACCUAUGUUAUUCUUGCUGGCAUGUCACUGGGACUCUAUGGAAAAUUCAGCCCAGAAAACCUCAACUGGCUGUUCGUCAAGGGUCUACUCGGGUGGUUCAUGCAGGUCGCCCUGCUGAAAAUGGCUCUACUCUCGUUAGGCGGCGGAGAAGCUCCCUUAUUAGACAUCGUCGCGUAUGCAGGCUACAUGUUCACCGGCCUUUGCCUCGCUGUCCUCAGCAAGAUCUUGCUCAGUUAUUCGUACUACUUUGUGCUGCCGUGGGCGUGUCUCUGCAUGGGGGUCUUUCUGGUCAAGACAAUGAAGCGCGUCCUCUUCGCCGAGGCUAGGAGUUACGACUCGAGCAGGCAUCACUAUCUCUUGCUCUUCAUUGCUUUGGCUCAAUUCCCACUUUUCAUGUGGCUUGGCAACAUCACUGUUAAUUGGCUUCUCUGAACACCAAAAAUAACUGCAUUGUAGUACUCUAGGGCAAGGAAUGAGUUUUUGUUGUACUUAGAAAACAACAGUUUAUGAUUGUGUGUUUAUAGAAGGUUCUGAAGAUGUUUGAGAUGAAUUUGCAGCACUCUGUUUUAGUUUUUCCUGGAUCAUAUAGCUCUUAAGGGAUUGCUUGGGUGUCGAAAUGUGGUUCAAACAAACGGAAGAGAGAAUUUCGCAGCCAAAUUCAUUACAUCCAAACGAGGUCUACAUAUCUUAUGAUUUUACUAGGGAGCUUAUACAUGUUAUUAAGAAUUCUGCAGUUCUAAAUUCCCGCCGGCGGGGAAAGCCUCACCAGCGCCGCCUCUGCGCGGCGCAAACAGCAUGCGGCCGCUGGCCACCGCGACAGAGUCGAACGGUGGUCGAGCAUCUUAAGCAGUUGUUCGCCAGGCUCCCUCUAAUCCCGUCCUCCCCGCCGGCAGCCAACUGCGGCGGCAGGUUCCCCUGCAGAAAGUUAUCAUUCAAGUACAGAUACUUCCACGGCCGCCCCAAUUUGGCCCCGUACUCCAUCGGAAUCGAACCCGACAGGUAAUUAUGCGACAGAUCGAGCGAUGUCAGGUUCUCGAGGCCGGCCAAAGACCCUGGCAAAUGGCCGCGGAGCUGGUUGUCGUUAGCAUCCAGCGACUGCAAAUGCGUCUCGAUCCCGGGGAAAUCGAUCGGAUCCAUCGCCGUGAAAUGGUUUCUCGAGACAUUGAGCCGGACCAGCGACGACAGGGUCAGGACCUGCCUGAGGACCCGGCCCGACAUCCUGUUGUCGCUGACGUCAAGCACCAGAAGCUUCUGCAAGUGCUUGACCGGCGAGAUGUGGCCGGAGAACACAUUGUGGCUCAUCAGCAGGGUCUUCAGGUUCAACGGCAGCCUGGGGAUGUUCCCGUACAGAUUGUUCGAGCUGACGUCGAGCGCGCUGAGCUGCCACAGCCCGGACAUGUCGGGGAGCCUGCCGGAGAGCGCAUUGUUGGAGAGAAUCAGCCGGUUCAAGCUCCUCAGCACGGCGAUUUUCGCCGGGACAUUGCCGGAAAAAUGGUUGUACGAGAGAUCAGCUUCCUGAAGUAACUUGAGCUUCGUGAUGCCGUCGGGGAUCUGCCCGGUGAAGAGAUUCUCCGAAAUUAGGAGCUUCGUGAGCUGCCGGAGGUUGACGAUGCUCUCCGGCAGCGGCCCGCGGAAUUUGUUCCUCGUCAGGUCGAUGGUGACGAGCUCCGUCAGGUUCCCGAUCAGCGGGCUCAGGAACCCGUCGUACCCUGCAUCGUCGAGGCCGAUCGCGAUCACCCGGCUGCUCGAAUUGUCGAGCGGGAAGGAGCAGAGGACGCCGAGAAACGAGCCGGAGCUGUCGCAGGGGUCGACGUUGAAGUCCCAGCUGUAGAGGAAUGAUGUCGGGGUGAUGGUUACCGGGUCGACCGAUUCCUUGAGGGCUCGGAGGGCUUGGACGUCGGUGACUCCGGUUAGCGGUUCGACCGGGUUCGGGGCGAAAGCCAGGGCCAAGAGUAGGAGGAGGAGAACAAAGUGAUGACCUCUUCUGACCAUUUUGUGAGCUAUAGACAAGAGUAACGAGUGGCGUCUCUCUGUGAUUUCUGUUGAGUUUGUUUAUAUUUCAGGGUUUGUUUGUUUCCUGCC